AUGCGCGACCUCCGCAAGCAGGCUCUCGAGAGCCAUAAGACAUUGUCGCGCAAGGCCCGCUCGCGCGUGGCGUCCACCACAGCCUCCAAGACAAACUCCGCUGUUGCAUCGCCUGCACAGUCGCGAGCCGCCAGUCGUACUCGGCAGGAAUUUAGCGACGAGGAAGAUUUCAGCGACGGAACUGCCUAUAGCACGGCCUCCAUCGACGAUGUCCUCAACAGCGAAGAUGUCGACAUUCCUGAAGACGUCUGGAAGACGGAGCUCAACACGCGCAUCGAGCAAAUCACCAACCUUAAGCGUAGCAGUACCGACGGUCGUACUGAAAGCCUGACUGCAUAUGCACACAUACUCAUGGCGCGGUAUGCAAAGGACGAAAUCGAGCGCGAAGUUGUGCAGCUGGUCUCGUCUAUGGUUAGGAGCAUCAGGCAAGAGACAACUGAGAACGAGGCCGUAGCUGCUUUAAAAGCGCUCGCUGUCACUAUCCUCACCGACGAUUCCGAAUCUAUCUACGAGGAUGUCUCAGACUUACUUAAAAAGUCGAUUCAAACUUCCUCGUCCAUCGCUGUCAAGGUCAAUGCAAUUCACACACUGGGUGUCGCUGCCUUCUUCGGCGGAGCUGGCGAUGACGAGGUAUUGGACAUCAUGUCCCUCUUUAUUGAGAUCAUCGAGUCAGAUGGCGCUUCUGUUGAUGCACAGGAUGAGGGUAACGUGGUGACUGCUGCUUUGGAAGAGUGGGGUCUUCUGGCAACUGAGAUUGAAGAUCUGGAAGAAGAGACCGAGGCUGCCAUGGAAGCUUUCGUCGAGCAACUCGAAAGUGCAGACUCUGGUGUGCAAAUUGCAGCCGGAGAAAAUAUCGCGCUCCUGUACGAAAAGUCUCUCACCCCGCAAGAAGAGGAUGAAGAUGUAGAAGUGGAAGUGGAUUCGGAUGAUCCAGAGCAUGUUCGAGACGGGCCAAAGUUGGUUAAGCGCUACACGGUCUACAGAAGACAUGACAAACUCAUGCAUACCCUCAAUGAACUCGCCAAGAUUUCCACGCGCCGGGUAUCCAAGAGGGAUCGCAGAGCACUGCACUCUUCAUUCGCGGACAUCCGCAACACAGUUGAGAAGCCAUCACGUGGCCCCGCAUACUCGACGGCACUUGACGAGGAGACUGGAAAGGCAUAUGGAGCUGGCAGGAUGAAAGUAAAGAUCAACAGGAGUGUUGAGGUCAGGAUUGACAAGUGGUGGAAACUGCAGAGGCUGAAUGCAUUGAGAAGGACUCUUCAGGGUGGCUUCACAUACCACUACGACCAGAACCACAUGGUUUCAGCUGCCCUACCUUUCUCCAUGUCUGCCAAGCGUUAGGCUCUUGAUAUUGAGAGCAUGACCAUUGGGAACUGGUGUUAUCGGAAAAGUUGCUAUUACUAGAUGCGUGUAUACCUGGAUGAAUGGCGUUUUGAGCUUGAUUUCGUACUGGCAUUCUUUAUCGAUCAUCGGUAAAAGACAGCAUGUAAGGAACUACAAACAUAGUACACUUUUACUGUAU